UUUCAGUCACCAUAACCUCGAUAUCAAGUCGUCGUGAGCCAUCAUCAUCAUCAAACAAAAGUGAACCGAACAAAAUUAACCCGACUAACUGCCUAAACGGCAUCACAAAAGACUGCAAAACGACGGGCUCACCGUGCAUUAUCACCGGAACCACCGGUGGUGAGCAGGUGGCGGCUGAGCAGCAAGACGGAGAGCAAGAAACGACAGCAGCAAAGUGCAUGAUUUCUGGAUGGAAAUCGAGAGAAAGUGAGAGGAAUAAAGUUAGGCUACGUGAUACUGAUGGAUUUCGGAUUCGCGCCGCAGCGCUUUGUAUUAAAGGAACCGGCAAAGAAACACUCGUUCUCCUUGUCAGUGGUGGAAAAGACGGCGGAAAAUGGGUUGUACCGGGUGGUGGAAUCGAAAAAGACGAAUGUGCCGAAGAGGCUGCUCACCGGGAAUUGAUGGAAGAAGCCGGUGUCCGAGCUACGAUUCUUAAGAAGAUUGGCAUGUUUCAGGACGACGUUCGGAAGCAUCGAACACAAGUAUUCCUAAUGGAAGUAUCAGAAGAACUUCAAACAUGGGAAGAAAACGAGUACGGACGGCAGAGGAUAUGGAUGAAUGUACUGGAAGGAAAGGAGAAGGUUAAGCAGUCACAUCGUGCAAUGCUUGAUGCUCUCACACUUCUUCGGUAGCCUCAGCUCAAUUUUCAUCAAUCAAGCAAUAAAACGGGAUUCCUUUUUUUUUUUGAAAAUUUUUUUGUUUCUGAAAUUUGUUUUUUUUCCUAGCUUUUUUAAAGAUGGUGUAGUCGAAUUUUUUAAAUGCUUUAUAUUAGACUAAAAAUUGUCUGAAAACACCGAGUUUCAUAAUGAAAACUUUCUCAAAAAAAAGAAGUUCUGACGGCUCAAAAAAUGGCCUAAAAUUAGUUAAAAUUUGAAAUUUAACCGACUUGUCAAGCGGCUGGAAACUAUUUUUUUUUGAAAUCACCGUCAAAUUCUGAGUAUAUAAUGUAAUUAUCUUGCGUUUUCAACUAGAUUUAGGUAUUUUAAAGUAGAUGGACAAAGAGAUUUUUUAAAUUUUUUUAAACCAAAUCUCGCCGUCCAUCGACUUUAUAAUACCUAAAUGAAGUUCAAAACUCGGGAUAAUUAAUUUGUAUACUUAAAGAAGGAGUAUCGUCAAUGGGAAAAUUGUUUUAAGUUGCACUGCAAGUUUUUCCUCACGAGGGACGAGGAAAAGUGGUUUCUAGGCCAUGGCCGAGGGGCCGACAAGUUUCAGCGGCCAUUUAUCUUGCUUUGUUUUCCGCCUGUUUUCUUUCGUUUUUCACAGCUUUUUCCCGUUUUUUCUUAUUAAAACUGAUAAAUAAAUAUUUUUUGCAGAUGCUAAAACAAUUUCCAAGUAAAUAAAUUAUGUAUUC